AUGCUGUUUUUUAACUUACAAAUAACUCUUUUUAGAAGAUUCUUAAAUAGAUGUGCUCGGGAAAUGGCUAUAUUCCGCCAUAUACUAGCUGAAUUAAUCCAAAUUCUCCUAGAUGAAUCUCUUAACCGGGAUCUUUGAUCUACUGUUAGAGGCCAGCAGGCUUUGGCUGUACUUAUACCUAUAUUAUCCUAUUUUUCAGGCCUAAUUCGUAGAUUUUUUGAAUCCCUACACUGAUUACUAGGAGGGUAUGUUAAUGCAGCAGGACUAACAAAUCGGAAUCCCCUUCUAGAUCAUAUAGACUAUGUAUCAAUUUUUAACCCUAAUUAUACUCCGGGAAAUACCCUAAAUGUAUUGAGGAGAGAAUUGUUUCAGGAGGCAACUCUGAAUAACUUAUCCGAUCUCGUAUCGUACUUAAACAGUGGGAUUCCUAAUGAAGUUUUGGAGUCAAUCGGUAUAAACGGAGUUUCGUUUGGGUUAGAAAUGAUUUUUUGGUUAGGGUUGGGGGUAUCUAUUAUUUCAGCAAUUUUAGUGCCGUUUUCCGGAGCUGCCGGAAUAAUUUCAGAUUACGGAAUACUUUCUUCAGUCUUUGAAUUACUUGGAAAUUUGAGUUCAAAUAAUGAUUUAGUAAGGAACGAUUUUAGAGUGCUAUUAACAAUUUUUUCUGAACUUCCUUCUUGACUAACGGAGGGUAUAGGUACAGAGAUAGGCUCAAUAUUUAGGGAAGUAAAUAGUAAUUCUCACACAGUUAAGGAUUUCUUAAGACAGUUCAGACCUCCUGACCUCUAA